AUGGCGCCGCCGCCAGCGGAGCUAGUGGAGGAGAUCGUGGAGGAGGUCCUGCUCCGUUUCCCGCCGGACGACCCGGCGAGCCUCGUGCGCGCCGCCCUCGUCUGCCGGCUCUGGCGCCGCCUCGUCUCCGCCGCCGCCUUCCGGCGCAGGUUCCGCGAGUUCCACCGCACGGCACCCCUGCUGGGCGCCCUAUGCCAGGGCAAAUGCGGCGACGGAGAUGCCCGGCCAACGUCGCUCUUCGUCCCCACGUCCUCCUUCCGCCCGGCCCACGCCGCCCGCUACGGCUGGCGCGCCGUCGACGCCCGCCGCGGCCGCGUCCUCCUGGAGCGCUGGCCCUGGGGGGCCCGCCCGCCUCUGAGGACCGAGCUCGCCGUCUGGGACCCCGUCACCGGCGAGCAGCGAGAGCUGCCCAGCUUGCCGAUGCAGUUCAACGUGUACCCGCGCACCUGGGCCGCGGCCGUGCUCUGCGCCGGCGGCGGCAACUGCGACCACCUCGACUGCCGCUGGGGAUCUUUCCUGGUUGUCUUCAUGGACAUCAAACACAACUCAAACAAGAUUUGCUCGUGCGUCUACUCGUCCGAGCUCGCCGCGUGGGGCGAGCAAACCUUUAGUGAUCGGCUUCGCUGUCGCCGCCGCGACUGCUUCAAGCCGGAGCCCGGUGUCCUCAUGGGGAAUUCGCUCUACUUCCUGUUCAAUUCAAACCAUGGAAUCGUGAGGUACGACUUGACCACCCGGGAAGCAUCUAUGAUCGACAUUCGACCUGCAUUCAAUCCGCAGGAUAUUGUGCUCAUGACCAUGGAUGAUGGUAGGCUAGGGUUCGCCACCAUAGACAAAGGCAGACUCAAACUCAACCUAUGGUCGAGGGUGGUUGGUCGAGACGACAAAGAAGCAAGAUUUGUUCAGUUCAGAGUCAUUGAUCUUCUGAAGGUGUUCAAUGCACCCAAGAGAUGGCCUCGUUUGAGCGGCUUUGCGCAUGGGGCCGGGGUUCUUUUCAUCUGGACGUUACUUGAUGGUUUAUACAGUAUGGACAUAAAGUCUGAAGAGGUCAGGAAGGUGCCGGUUACAAGGUACUGCCAUAGCGUAGACGUUGUUCCGUACUCGAGCUUCCACACUCCAGGAACAACAGCUCCUCCAUGA